CUUUUGCAAACAUUGGCAGCGGCGAGCGAGGGGGGCUUCUCGGGCGGGUGUGGGUCGUUGGGGAAACCAGAAACUCACCCCAUUCUGUCGGCGCAGAGUGGUCCAACUAGUGGCGUGUUAGGUUGCGGAUUCGGUAUGGCGUCACGCGCGCAGAUGUAUUCGCGACGUCGCCUGAUUUUCGCCAUCGCCAGCGGGGUGAUAUCCAGGCGCGACACACUUGGAGCCCCGUCCCCGAAUCUUGCACCUUCCGGCUUUUUUACGUUUGCAAUCCGAAAUCUGGUACAUGGCCCGACGCAUGUGAAGGGUGUCCCAGGUUACAUCAAUAUUUCAGUCAUGUAAUGGCGAAACCUUAAACAAGA